GAAGUGGAUAGUUCUAUCACUACAAAUUUAUCAAAUCUAAGAAGUGAAACAAGUUUAUCGUUGCAAAAUUUUGAAGAUACCCACGAUGUAAGGCUACAGAAUAAGAAACAGAGAAUGUUGAAACAUAUUGAAGAUCUGGAGCAAUGUUAUUUUUCUAGCAGAUUGAAAGCCUCAAUUUCACACGAAAGUCUGUCGAAUUUCACAACAACACUCUGUACAUUUACACGAUAUUCUAAUUUACGACUAAUAAACAUAUUGCGAUACGGAGAUAUAUUUAGUACUUCUUCAAUUGUAUCUACCAUUGAAUUUGAUCGAGAUGACGAAUAUUUUGCUACUGCCGGAGUAACUAAAAAAAUAAAAGUAUUCGAAUUUGGAAAUAUCGAACGUAACGGUUACAUUGGUUCUUUGGGAGGAUAUUCAUCAAGUAGUAUUAGAGAUAGCACUAGUGGUCCAAGAAAAGUGAUGGACUCUUUUCUUCAUUAUCCAAUCAGAGAAAUGUCUUCUAAUAGUAAAAUAAG